AUGACACGUCCGAAAGAUCAUAGUGCGCGACGACGAAUUCUCAGCAACGUCUUUUCAAAGUCUUUGAGAGACUCCUCUCAUGUUAGAGAUGUGACUCGUGAAAUAUUAGUAGAGCGAAUGAUACGGCAAGCGGAAAUUCCUCAUGCGUCCUCCGUGGUUCGAGACGUACGACCUGUGCAUGAAGCCUUUGAUAUGGAUUUCUUGACUGCAUUUGCUUUUACACCUAAGUUCUCAACUAUAUUUUUGAAUGACAAAAACAAAUUUAUCCAGUUCUGCUCAUGGCUGAAAGACUUUCGUGUUGGCUCUCCAGAUGCAGCGAAAAUUGCCAAGUGCAAGCUGGAAAACUGGUGUCUGGAAAUGUGCCGUGCAUAUCGAGCGGCAAACCUAGCACCUACUCAUCGAAGAGUUAGUCAUUGCACUGCAGAUGCACUCUACAGUGCUGGAUUACAAGAGGAAGAGGUCGCUGCGGAGCUGCUGGACCACUUCAUAACUGCAAAGAAGAACUUGGCUGUCGUGCAUACGUACAGUGUCUAUAUAUUAUCUAUCUACACUGAUAUUCAAGAGCGGCUUAGAUCGGAGUUGAAACCGUUUUCCCUCGAUACUCUUUCUAUCGAUGAUCUUGAUUCACUGCCAUUUUUCAAUGCCGUCGUUUGUGAACUGAUGAGAACACACACGGAAGUCAAAGCUCUCACACCUCGCCUGAUUCCAGAUGGGGGUUAUUGGAUCCCUCGACAUAUCACAGGACAAUCUAUCUUCCUUCCAGCCGGUACUGUUGUGAGCUCCACGCGAGAAGCCUUGCAUUUGAAUGAAGAGAUUUUCCCUCAGUCAUUAUGCUUUUGGCCAGAAAGAUGGCUGGAUAACAAGGAAUUCGUUGACCCCAGGUUGUCUGGUAGAAUCCAGCCUCAGGAGAUGAGGAAUCACCUAUGGUAUUUUGGGAGUGGGACACACGGAUGUGUCGCGCGAGAAUACGCUCUUUAUGGUUAG